UUCUCAUUUUUUUUUAAAUAAUUUUGAUCGCUGCUACGAAGAACGAAUCAGUCCCUGCCAAACCCUAGAAGACGACAACGACGAAGACGAAGACGAAGACAAAGGCGACUUGUAUAAUAACUUCAAUUUGACCUUCGGAAUCUUCAGAUCGUGAAACCGUAGAAGCAAUCGAGCUUAGAAACGUCGAUAUUCUCAGCGCGAUGAAGCCGAUUCAAUCGCCUCCAGGAGUUUCCGUUCCGGUUAAAAGCCGUCCUCGCCGCCGGCCAGACCUUACCUUGCCGCUUCCUCAACGCGAUGUUUCCCUCGCUGUACCUCUUCCUCUCCCACCGACUUCCGGUGGCUCCGCUCCUUCUUCCGCCGGAUCCGCACCUUCCUCCGGCGGUUCGGCGUCUUCAACUUCGUCGAACAACACCUCGGAAUCGAAGAGCUAUUCGGAUUUAGUUCGCGGGAGCCGGAUCGGGAGCGGAGCUGGUGGGACGGUUUACAAAGUGGUUCACCGACCGACGUCACGCUUAUACGCUCUCAAGGUGAUCUACGGGAACCACGAGGAGACUGUGAGGCGUCAGAUCUGUAGAGAGAUCGAGAUUCUGCGAGAUGUGAACCACCCAAACGUGGUGAAAUGUCACGAGAUGUUCGAUCAAAACGGUGAGAUCCAGGUUCUGCUUGAGUUCAUGGACAAAGGGUCUUUAGAAGGUGCUCAUGUGUGGAAGGAGCACCAAUUAGCUGAUCUCUCUCGCCAGAUUCUAAGCGGCUUGGCUUACCUCCACGGCCGUCACAUCGUCCACCGAGACAUCAAGCCCUCGAAUCUCCUCAUAAACUCGGCUAAAAACGUGAAAAUCGCUGACUUUGGAGUGAGUCGGAUCUUGGCGCAGACCAUGGAUCCUUGCAAUUCGUCUGUAGGAACCAUCGCUUACAUGAGCCCUGAGCGGAUUAACACCGAUUUGAACCAAGGACAGUACGAUGGUUACGCCGGAGAUAUCUGGAGCUUAGGUGUGAGCAUUUUGGAGUUUUUCUUGGGGAGGUUUCCUUUCCCUGUGAGCAGGCAAGGUGAUUGGGCAAGCCUCAUGUGCGCCAUUUGUAUGUCGCAGCCUCCGGAAGCUCCUCCGACGGCAUCUCCGGAGUUUCGCCAUUUCAUUUCUUGUUGCUUGCAGAGAGAACCGGCGAGGAGGCAAACGGCGAUGCAGCUUUUGCAGCAUCCUUUCAUACGUAGAGCAAGUCAGAGCCAAAACAGGUCUCCGCAGAAUCUACAUCAACUCUUGCCUCCUCCUCGCCCUCUGUCUUCGUCUUCUUCACCAACCACGUAGCGUUUUCUCAUCCCUCUAUCUUGGAUUUUUUUCGAAUUCUUGGUUACUGUUCUUGAAUGUUGUCCAAUUUUGCGCAAGCUUUUUCGUAACUUAUCAACAAGGGUCUGAUUUGUUAGUGGAGUAGAAAAAAAAAAAACAACUUGGGAAAGUGGAGAGAGGGUUUAAGGAUAAUUGAAUCUUCUAUCUUUUCGGGUUAAUGUUUGCUUGGAAAGGGAAAGAGCAAUGAGAAAUUCUUAUGCUUAAUGAUGGCAAUGACUUUGCUUGUAUCACAAAUGUAGCUUUACUGAAAUUUUGUUGAAUUUUCAUAGAAGUUUUGCACCCCUUUU